AUGCUAACAAGCAAGCUUGGCAGCAUACCAUACAUGAUAUUGAUUGCUCCGGAUCUGGCAACGGUUGCCAGUCUAUCGAGUCUCAUCAGUGAAGCGUCAAGGAUCGGCGAUAGAUUCAUGUACAUUGUGCAGUUGGAGUUCAACCAGGUCGACACAAUGCUUCCAAAAUUGCUAAAAGCCGUAAGUCACAACCUCCAGAAGAGCUGUUUUUCCAAGUUGUGCUCGUUAACCGAGACACAAAUCUCCCUUCGAGGGUCAACCAUCUUUGAACUGUACAUCUUUACUCGAAGACGAAAGAUUAGCACCUCUUCACCAGAAGAUUGCCUCGAAUACAGCGUCAGCAUGAAUGUUCAUAUAAAGCCAAUCGACAGCCGGUCAAGAGGAAUCGGCCGUCGUCUUUUGGUGGAACUGACCUUCGAAUCUCUUCAGCGCACACUUUCACUCGAAAUGGAAGCACUUCGCGCCGGACAGAUGACAUCAGCUACACACUGGAUCAUCAUGGACAUGAGCCAAUCGACAGUUAGUCAAGAGGAAUCGGCCGUCGUCUUCUGGUGGAAGCGACCUUCGAAUCUCUUCACCGAAAACACUUUCACUCGAAAGGGAAGUAACUAA